UCUCCUUAGUCUUCGUUCACAUCGCAAAGGACCUGGAGGCAAGGUGAGCCAUCUCUACCCUCACUCACGAUGUGGACUCCAGUGGACCUGUGGACGAGGACCAGCGUCCUCCUGGUUGUGCUGAGUUGUCUGGUGGGAGGAGAACAGCUCCUCAAUGGCGGCUUUGAAUCCAUGAACAACUGGAGCUGCGGGGGCUUCAAAUGUGAACUUGUUGCUCCUGGCGACUCGCGCUUUGGUUCUCAUUCUGUCAAGGUUUCUGGCAGAACUCAGUCGUAUCAAGGACCAUCACAACAUGUGAAUCUCAAGCCCGGGACUUACUACAAGGUGCAGAGCUACGUGAAGUUGCUCAACCAGCUGUCCAGCGCCAUCGGCCACAACUUCAUGUUGGAGAUCGCUGUUUCUCACUCAGGUGGGCAGACUGAUUACAUCACUGGGGCUUUGCGCAACCUGGUGACCGUUGCUGAUGGAUGGGUGCUCAUGCAGGGCGACUUCCUGACUCCUAACAAAGCUAUAUCGUCAGCAAACUUCUACUAUCAGGGACCCGAAGGAGGUGUAGAGUUCCUAGUGGACCAGGCCUCCAUGGUUGAGGUUAAUGUGAACGCCGAUAACUGGCGACAGACGACUGAUGCAGUCAUCAACAGAAUUAGAAAAAGUGACAUCAACUUCCAUGUCACCACAGCCAGCGGAAUAGCUCCACACGACGUGAGGAUUGAGGUCAAGCAGACCAAGAAGUCCUUCCCCUUUGGCAGCGCCAUCAGCUCGUGGAAGUACGUGGACUCGGCGCAGCAGAAGUACCGGGACUGGAUCCACACUCACCUCAACUGGGGCGUGCUGGAGAACGGCCUCAAGUGGGACUUUCUCGAACCGACUCAGGGCAAUUUGCAGUACGACCGUGCAGUCAAUGCUCUCAAAGGACUGACAAGCCAUGGAAUAAAGGUCAGAGGGCAUAACCUUGUCUGGUCAGUUGACUCGGCUGUCCCGACUUACGUCAGGGGUCAGACCGGAAACCAGCUGCGCGACACGGUGCGCAAACACAUCCAGUGGACUUGUCAGCUCACCCGCGGGCUGGUGCAACACUGGGAUGUAAACAACGAGAAUCUGCAUGGAUACUGGUUUCAAAGGCAACUCCAUGACAUCAACUACAACCUUGAACUUUUCCGAGAAACUCACGCUGCUGACCCCAACGUUCACCUCUUCCUCAACGACUACAAUGUUGUAGGGGGUGGUGACUCAACGGGGGCCUACCUGGCUCAGGCACGUAAAUUUAAGGCAGCCAAUGUCAACCUGUACGGUCUCGGAGUCCAGUCCCACUUUCCAGCAGAAACGGAACCCUCCCCCACGAUGAUCAAGUCGCGCCUGGACACUCUGGCUCAAGCAGGUCUGCCCAUCUGGGCCACGGAGCUGACGGUGGAGGUCGCUGAUGAACAUAAGAGGGCCGACUACUAUGAGCGAGCACUGCGCGCCCUGUACGGCCACGAGGCGGUGGAGGGCAUCUUGUUCUGGGGCUUCUGGGACCAGUCUCAUUACCUUGGCGAGAAGGCCGCUCUGGUCAGAGGCAAUAAUCUGGAUCUGACGGAGGCUGGGCGGCGUGUGCUGGACCUGCUGGAGAACCAGUGGAUGACUCACGAGUCUCAUACCCUGUCUACAGCCAAUCAGCAGUUUGCUGUGCGCGGUUUCCAUGGUGAUUACCAAAUCUCUGUCUUCUACCAGAACCACGAGCUGACUGCCCUCAGGCAGACCUUCUCACUGGGCAAGACGGCGCACCCUGUCACCAUCAACGUCCAUAAAUAGACAUUUCUUUCAUUUCCACAGAUAACAGUCAUCAGGAUAAAGAAAAGCCUUUUUUUAAACAUGGGCCACCACCGUGACUAGAAAAACCGUUUUGUAGACAACCCAGAAUAAUAAAAUGUAUUUCAAAAA